ACUCAAUAAACGUCAAACUUUUUGUCUAUGCCUUUUCCUGCUCUAAAAGUCUCUUGAGAGUAACAAAAAUGGGUCGUUAUUCUCGGGAGCCGGAUAAUCCAGCGAAAUCAUGCAAGGCGCGUGGCUCAAACCUCCGUGUUCACUUCAAGAACACAUAUGAAACAGCUAUGGCUAUCAGAAAGUUGCCACUGCGUCGCGCUGUACGUUACCUUAAAAAUGUGACUGAGAAGAAGGAAUGCAUUCCGUUCCGUAGGUUUAACGGUGGUGUUGGAAGGUGUGCACAGGCUAAGCAAUUCGGAACCACACAGGGUCGCUGGCCGAAAAAGUCAGCUGAAUUCCUCCUCCAAUUGUUGAGGAAUGCUGAAUCCAACGCAGACAUCAAAGGAUUGGAUGUUGACAGGCUUGUUAUUGAUCACAUUCAGGUAAACCGUGCCCCCUGUCUGCGCAGGCGUACCUACCGUGCGCACGGUCGUAUCAACCCCUACAUGUCGUCCCCCUGCCACAUUGAGGUGUGUCUCAGCGAGCGCGAGGAUGCGGUGGCCCGAGCGGCGCCCACAGACGAUGCUCCCGCUAAGAAAAAGCUCUCCAAGAAGAAGCUGGCUCGUCAAAAGGAGAAGAUGAUGAGGGAAUAGACGUUAGGGGUUAAUAAAUGACUACAACAA